UUAUUAGUUACCCAAACUCAAAAGAAUCAUCACAACAUUCAUCUUCUCAAGCAAAAAAGCAAAAAGUUACAGCCCUCUCCCAACAUCAAGAUCCUCAGAAUCCCAAUUAAAUAAUCCACCACCCAAAAAGCUCAACAAUAAAAAGGGGCACACCAAAAAAAAAAAAAAAAAAAAAAAAAAAAAAAAAAAAAAAAAAAAAAAAAAAGACAUGGCGAAUUUGGGGUCUCUGCGGCAGAGCUUCGUGGAGAGAGGGAAAGAGCGGGUGGUGUCGCGGAAGUACUACUCGGAGGUGGAAUCGGAGGGGUACUACGUGCGGCACGAGGGGUGCUUCCGAGUGAUGGGGGAGAGGCUGUCGCGGUGGUGGAAGAGGCUGGAGGAGAUUGCGGUGAGCGCGUAUGAGAUGGGGAGAUCGGAUCCCAGGAAGGCCAUGUUUGCUGCUAAAAUGGGCUGCGCUUUGUCUCUCGUUUCGCUGCUCAUCUUUUUUAAAGAGCCCUCCACUUACAUCACCAAGCAUUCCAUUUGGGCCAUUCUUACUGUUGUGGUUGUCUUUGAGUUCAGCAUAGGAGCUACUUUAAGCAAAGGGUUUAAUCGAGCGUUGGGGACCCUCUCGGCUGGUGCACUAUCUUUAGGGAUUGCAGAAUUGGCAAAGCUUGCUGGAGAAUUUCAUGAAGUCGUCGUUGUCAUCAGUAUUUUUAUCGCAGGGUCCUUGUCUAGUUAUCUGAAGCUGCACCCGGCCGUGAAGCAGUACGAAUAUGGAUUCCGGGUCUUCAUGCUGACAUUCUGCAUCGUGCUGGUGUCUGAUUCGUCGGAGUUUCUUCAGACCGCUGUUUCCAGACUGGUGCUGAUCGCAGUCGGUGCUGGUGUCUGCUUAGUCAUGAAUGUCUGCAUUUUCCCCAUUUGGUCCGGUGAGGAUUUGCACAAGCUGGUCGUGAAGAACUUUAAAGGGGUUGCCACGUCUUUGGAAGGUUGUAUCAAUAUGUACUUGCAAUGUGUCGAGUAUGAAAGAAUACCAUCGAAGAUCCUGAUCUACCAAGCUUCUGAUGAUCCUCUUUACAAGGGAUAUCGAACUGCAGUGGAGUCCACGAGCCAAGAGGAGACCCUGAUGAGCUUUGCUGUUUGGGAACCACCUCACGGCCGUUAUAGGAUGUUUAACUAUCCUUGGGGCGAAUAUGUGAAGGUCAGUGGCGCUCUGAGGCACUGUGCGUUCAUGGUGAUGGCGAUGCACGGGUGUAUUCUUUCAGAAAUACAGGCACCUUCUGAACUAAGGCAGGUUUUCAAGGAUGUAAUUCAGAGAGUUGGCACCGAAGGAGCCAAAGUUCUCACAAUGCUUAGUGAAAAAGUCGAAAAGAUGGAGAAACUAGACACGGAGGACCCUCUCGAAGCUAUUCACGAUGCUGCGGAGAAUCUGCAGAUGAUGAUCGACCAGAAAUCGUACCUUUUGGUGAACGCGGAGAGCUGGGCGAGCGACAAACGUCCCGAAAAUCUCGACCCAGAAAAGAUCCGCGAAAUGAAAGAGAAUGAAAACAAGCCUUUCUUGAUCAAGUCUCUCAGCUCAAUCAACCAGCAGUCGACUCAGACACUUCGCAACUACGAUGCAUUUACUGCCCGAAGCAUCAACAACUUCUCCCAAUCCGAACUGGGUUCUGGAGAGGACGUCCUCAAGCAGCAGACCAUGUGGCCUUCACGCCUCUCUCUGAUCGGUGAUUCCAUCCUCAAUGAGCGUGAGGUUCGCACAUAUGAAAGCGCGAGUGCAUUGUCUCUCGCGAAUUUCACCUCUUUGUUGAUCGAGUUUGUUGCCAGGCUUCAGAACCUGGUUCACUCGUUCGAGGAACUCAGCGAGAAGGCUAAGUUCAGAGAGCCGGUUGAGAUAACGGAAAUGCAAACGAGCACCAGUUUCUGCUCCAGAGUGCUCGAAUGCUUGUGCUGCUGCAGACAGACCAACGCAGUCCAAGCAGUUGUAUGAUGAUCAGGUGAUAUGUUGUAUUUCAUUAACCAGAAACAUUCAGAUCAUCACUAUAGCAAUUUUGUGAAUUAUGGACAUAAAAGUUAUAACAAAAUGUAAUUUUCACCCUUUUUUCAGCAACUUUUUAUUGAAUCAA